UAACAUUUGAGACCAAGAACCCGUCGGAAUUAGCAGAACGUCUGCGCUCUGUUUGUGGGAAUCAGAGCAAUGCCUAUGCCCGCCUGCUGGAAUACCGCCUGAAUGCCUUGCGAGGACUGUGGAAUGCCCAGCGCCAGCUGGCCUUGGAAGAACAGCAUGAAAGGGAAAGUUCGGGUGACGAGGAAACGUUGGCCCUGCUCAAACGCCAGGGCUUGCUGCAGCAACCCGAGCAAGCGCCCUUCACAUCACGGAUGGGGCUCCUGCUGGUCUUCCCCCUUAUUCAGUCCCAGAGUAGAACAGACCCCUCUCUCUGUAACAUAACUGCUGAGGUGCUAUUGAACUGCCUUCGCGACUGCCAGCCUUUGAGCUUGACCAAGGAGCCUGCUGACUGUCUCAAUGGAAUUGAAACUUUGCUUUGCUCUUGGUUAGAGGAGACUUCUGACACAGGCCGACACAUCCCACAUAAGCAAAAAGAAAAUGCUGCUGCUGCCCUGGUGGCUUUGGCAUGUGCCAGGGGAUCAUUGAAAACUUUUGUCCAUACAGUCCAUCUGUUACAGAAACAGACUGAUCUAGGGUCCCUGCCUGUAGCUGAUGUACUGUAUAGGCUAUUGCUUUUGGAAGGGGGGCCUGGAUCCCCCUCCUGUUUGCUUGGGGGCAAACACAUAGUUUCAUGGGGCUAUGAAGACAUGUUACCUGCGCCAGAUAGCAACACUGGCUCCAGUUCUGAAAAUAAAGAUGCUGACUUGGGACGCUGUCUCACGGCAGAUGGUCUUUACCUGUAUACUACUAACUCAGUUGGAAGAGGAGUAAGCAAAUUGGGGUCUGGAUUACAUGGUACUCUCAGAGGUUUUGUGUACUGCCGGAAUGAGGAACUUGAACCAGGAUGGGUGGCUUUUGGCAGUGGCAGUCUUCUCCACCGGCCUGUAUCUUUUGAUAAUAAACCUCACUCCCUUUUCCAGGUCAUUGACCAGAACACUCUUCAGGUGUGUCAGGUGGUGCCAAUGCCAGCCAACCACCUCCCUGUUGGCAGCACCAUGAGCACCGUGCAUGUCUCUUCAGAUGGUACUUACUUCUAUUGGAUCUGGUCUCCUGCCAGUCUGAAUGAGAAAACACCAAAGGGACAUUCCGUUUUCAUGGACAUUUUUGAACUUGUGGUUGAAAAUGGUGUAUUUGUAGCCAACCCACUUCAGGAACGCACAAUUCUAAUGAGAAAAGAGGGCGAGUCUGCAAAAAGCAUUAACGAGAUGCUUCUGAGUAGACUUUCUCGGUACAGAGCCUCCCCGUCAGCAACGCUUGCUGCCCUGACUGGCUCCACCAUCUCCAACACACUGAAAGAAGAUCAGGCAGCAAAUACUAGCUGUGGGCUACCUCUGAAAAUGCUACGGAAGACACCCAUAUAUACCUGUGGCACGUACUUGGUGAUGCUGGUGCCACCUCCAGGGGGGUCAGGCAGCUCUGCUACCCGCUCUCUUUUUGGUGGAACAAGCGGUUUGUCAUCCUUAAAAAUCCUAGCCUCCAGCUUGGUCUAUAAUAUUUCGGACGGUCAGUUUACGAGUCGUGCAGAUCUCAUAGAUGCUGCUGGAAGCUCACUGGGGCGUGGUGCUCUUGUACCAGGAUUGGGUGCCUGUUAUGAUACAGUGAACAAUAUGCUGUGGACGUGCUCAAAUGACUAUAUUGAUCAGUGGUGUAAUCCUGGGAAUCAAGCCUUCCAUUAUGUCUGCCAGAGACUUGGAGUCAGCCACAUUAUCACUGAGCCCAAAGAAGAGGCUAUAACCACAAAUGAGGUUAUAAACCAAUUAUUGCACCACGUUGGUGCGAUGUGCAUACACCAACUCAAUCUUCUUGCUACCAACCCCAAUCUUCCAAUCACAAGUGUCUUGGGCAAGCAGCAUCCGAUUGAAGCACAUCAUCUAAGCAGUAUUUGUGAUAUUAUGGAGAAGGCCAUGGUUAAUGGAGAUACUUGUAUUAUACGCUGCGUUCUCGUUGUCUUUCAGGUGGUGUUUAAAUUUUUCUUCAGCCCACAAACUGAAAGGAAUCGAGACAUCAUUCGACGGUCGGGACUGCUUCUUUGGCAGUUGUUGAUGGCACCAAAAGAUCAAAUUUGCCCUGAAAUUCAGAAGGAAGUCUGCCUUGCCAUCAGCUCUGGUUUAAAUAUCUUGUACCCAGGAGAAACUGAAAUCAAUAACUUACUCAAGCUGGUCUUAACAGAAGGAGAGAGAAACAGUGGCCUCUCCCAACUGCGGGAUGUGAUCCUAACCAACUUAGCUGAACAGCUUCAAAACAAUCGAUUUGGCAGUGAUGAGGAUGAUCAUUACAGACUAAAUGAUGAACUUUUACACUACAUUCUGAAGAUUGUUGUACGAGAAUCCUGUAUCUUAGUCACCAAGUGCCAAACUGUUUCUAAAGAUGAUUUUCAAAAGCUCCUUUCAACUGUGCCUGCUGCAUCCUCCUGCCUGCGCUAUCUGAUGGCAGUUCAGAAUCAUCUUCUCAGUAACACUAUUUUGAUUAAACCUGAUGAGAAUGAUGACAGUGACAACUCCUUGCAGGGAGAGACAUUGAAGGAGCUAAAAGUCAGUAUUUUGGCUCUUGCCACUCAAAUCCUGACUGGAUGUGAUGAAGUGUUGGAAAUGCUACAGCAGGUCACAACUGCCCUCAUAAAUAGUGACAUAGCAGACCGUGAGCAGAGGUUAAAAGGCUUGGAACAAGUUACUAAGGCUACUAUGCUUGGUCACCUUCUUCCAGUGUUACUGACCUCCCUGAUGCAUCCAAAUUUACAGACUCUGAUCAUGGCCGAUGCCCUGAUGCCUCAGCUAGUGCAACUGGUUCUCUAUACCAGCCAGACGGCUUUGCUGCUUAAAACCCAGUGUCCAGUUUUUGCCGAGGUGGGCUGUUCCCCAUGUGGUACAUCAGACCAGAAAUGCAGGCUGUUCCCUGAUGAGAGAAUGCUGGAAGAGAAGGAAGAGCCAGGCUUUCUCACUGGUUUAAAGAUUCCUGCCCCGUGGGCUGCUGGAAAGACUGUGGAAACGGUCCACCCUGUCAGAGACAACUACAAAUUUAAAGAAACUGUCCAUAUCCCAGGAGCUCGCUGCCUGUAUCUUAGAUUUGAUAGCAGAUGCUCUUCACAGUAUGAUUAUGACAAAGUAAGCAAGGGCUAG